GUUUACAUAACCUCAAAAUUGCAGUUUAAAUCCUCAAGCUCAAUGUAUAUAAGAAAGAGAGAAAAAUAUUAAACAGGUAGAAAAAACAAAUGAAGAUUUCGGUUGUAAAUUAAAAAUACAUAGUCGUACCGUGUUUUCAAAAUACUUUAACCAACUUUAAUUGAUAAAUGUUCGUAAUGUUUAUUUACUAUUCUAACUUGAAGUUAGAAGCUUUUUUGAAGACUUAAAAAUUGGUGACGUUAUAGUAGAAUUCUAAGCUUUUGUGUGUAUAGUGUUAGUAUAGUAUGAUGACAAAAUGUGAUUAUUUCAGUGUGAUGUGUUGGCGCCACGCGCACUAUUGUGUUUGGAGUUCCUCUGUGUCUCAUAUAGAUCACCGGGAAGUUUAGAGAAACUCCUGGAAACUCGUGAUAGCUCGUAAAGCAGUCAUCAUGAUUUGGUCAAGGUAGCCGGUUUAAUUAUAGUGAAAAUAAAAUUAAUAAACUGUCUUUAAUUUUACAAGAGAUUAUGUUGUGUGGAAAAUUGACUGUUGAGGAUCAUCAUCAUGCAGGUCAUUUUCCGUUUACUUUUGGCUGUAAUACACGUUUUGUACGAAUUUAUUUAUUGGAGUCGACACCAGUGGAAAUUGUGUAUAGAACUAUUGUUUAGUAAUAGAAAUCCCACAGUGGAAAAUGACGUUCUUAUUGAAUUAAUUAAGAGAGUGACAAAAUUACCCAGGCACAUGGUUGUCAUCCUCGGUCACGAGGAGGUAUCAUUUCAAGAUCUUGUAAAAAUUAUCAGCUGGUGUGUUAUCGCUGGCAUUCCUUGCGUCAGCUUUUACGAUCACAAUGGAUUCCUACAAAGAAGUGAAAAGGUGAUAAAAAAGAAGCUUUUAGUCGAAAAUUCGGAUCUUGAACAAAAUAUUGUAUGGAAUUCUCAUUCGUCGGUGAAACCCAUUAAAAAUGGUACUAAUGGGACUAAACAUAAAACGAGAGUACAACUUUUGUCGUACGACGAUGGCAAAGGGAAAAUAGUCUCUCUAGUCCAGGAAUUAGCAAAGGGAGUUACCUCCGGAGAACUCCAACCGGAUGAAAUUAGUGUUCAACUUCUCACAGAUAAAUUACAAUUUGAUGACAUUCCAAAUCCGGAUCUAGCAAUUGUUUGCGGACGAGUAUUGUCCACCUACGGUUGUCUUCCAUGGCACAUAAAAACAACAGAAUUCAUCCAAAUACAAUCACAUCAUAGAAUAACAGUAAAGGAUUUUGCACUACUCUUAAGGAAAUAUAGUAAAUGUGAACAACGCUAUGGAAAAUGAUGACAAAAUAAAUUAUUAUCAUUAUUAUUAAAAA